AUGCAAGUCUGGUUGAAAUACAGUUUUAAGAUGGCGGCCACUGGUAUUCCAGAGUUCCUAAAUUCUAGGUGAGAGGGAUUUGUAAAAUUUAUCUGUAUUGCUGUCCCGGAAUACGGAUAAUCGAACGCAACCUUUAAAAUUCCGGAAAUUUAUCAUGAUUACAAUUAUACUUUGAUAACACUAUCCUUCUGUUUCCUCUCCAAUUCUAGAUUUAGAUAAUUAAUAAAGGACUUAAAAGAGCCUGUUGAUCAUUCCACCGGCUUUUUGCCACAAAUCGCUCCCCCCCCUCUCCCACCCCCCGCCGCUAGUCACUUGUGUACAUGUAGAACCUAGAACUCGAAAUCAUUUAUCAGCAGAUGUAAAAAAACAGCAUAAAAACACUCGAACAGCUCAACCAAGGCAUCUGCUAAAAUGUUUUCUAUGAAAACAAUACUUUCCGUCAGGAUUUAUCUGAAAUAGUUCUGCUCGAGCCAUCCACGAAGUCAUUAUCAGCCAUUGUUCUCAAACGGACAAUAUGAUUUAGGCCAAAGGUAAUCCGGCCAGUUCCUGGUUAUCAAUCAGAAUUAAGUUAAUUCAGUUACAUAAAAUAAAAAAAAACUGUGCCAAGGUAAAGUUUUCACUCGAUAGGACUUUGGUAACUGAAUUUGAGGUAGACGAGUCGAGAGCUACUUCAUGAAAUAUGCUAACACUAAAACGAUGUUUACUUUUUAUUUAUUUAUUUAUUUAUUUACUUAUUUAUUUAUUCACUUAUUUAUGUCUGUUAUCAUUUCAUUGCUUAAUUCCUUUCAAUUUUUGCAACAUUUAAGUUUAUCCUUGUAAAUCGUGAGCCACAUCUGCAGGCAUUGCGGACCUAUUUUAACAUUUACUUUGAGCUGGCCGUGGAGAAAUAAGUCUCAUGACGAUUUUUAGAAUUUUUUUCCAAACCCUUAAAACGUAAUUUCCACCGAGCUUUCAAAUAAGAACUGGAGCUCAGAAAAGCAACUUCAAAACCACGAAAGCAUUCUCCGCUUGAGUUGGAAAUAUCUCUGUUUCGUCGUGAGGUCUAUCCUGUUGACACGGACACUGAGGGGGAAGUAAACAGUAUCAAAAAUACAAAGAAAAAAGAACACAACAAGAGCAUUUCCACAUGACGUCACGGCGGACACAUUGGUGUCCCAAUACAAUGAAACGGCGGCCAUGUUGGUGUCCCAAACCAGUCCUGAAAGUUUUAACCUUCUUCUCAUGUAAAAACUCUCGUCUGUUCCAAUAAAUUUGCAAAGCUGCUGGCCACUUGAGUGAAAAAGCUCUAUAACAUAAGAUUGGUGAAAUAUAACCAAGGGUGUACGUAUCAUCUCACCUUCCGGGGCCCUCAGGACAAAACUUAAUGGACAAUAGGCAAAGUUGAACAUCCGCAAAUAAGAAGCAAAAGGUAACGGACAAUGAAAGCACUUGUGUGUACUUUAAAAAAGAAGGAAAAUUAACAAAGGAGAUAAAGGAACAGGAAAUAUUGACAAUCAUAUCCCCGGAUGAACAAAUCGUUUUACAUUUAAAAAAAUGCAGUUUACAGCCUAAGCCAAUUUGGAGGUUCGUGAUAAAACGCCGCAUUUCGACAGGUAUAAGAUGGACAUGGCUGCAUACGCAAACCGCAAAAGGAGUAUUUGUACAGUAGAUUUUAUCCUUUAAUCGUACAGGGCAGCACUUAGCCCAUCUCGGCGUGUGGUAUCAAUUCAUGUGAAAGAACUAAGACUAAAGAACGCCUUCAAAAUCCUGAAAAUCCCUUCACCAGAAACAAGAACUGCCAAAAUCCUGUAAGGAAUGUCAUGUUUACGACUGCUGGUCUAUCGAACGCUCUAGAUUUCAAGCUGGAUACCAUUUCUUAAAAAAUUUUACUUUGAAAGGACAGUUAUUUACAAAGAAGGCAUUUAGUGACGCCAAUGGUUCAGAUUUGAUUGAAAUUUAAGCAAAUUAAUCGAGUGUUUAUGUGUCGAAAAUGUGUUCGGCUCCUAUAUUAAUUGUAUCUCAUACGUUUUUAUAACAAUUCGCACUUUCCCUUCUCUCAUCUAAUGACUUCCGUUUAUUAUCCACUAUCCCACACAGCGUCAAAUAAAAGCUCCCAGUUAGGCCGACUGAUAUAAACGGAUUGAAAAGCCUACGGCCCAGAGCCAAUGGGCCAGUUCCAGCAGCUUAGGAAAACAAUAUCCUGUGAACUGAUCCAUGAUGCUUUUUGGCCGUUGAUAUUACAUGAACAUACGUGUAUUAAGUGUUCAUUGAAUUAAGAAAUUGGUCAAACGAUACCAAUAACCUCGGAUGGUCAACAAGUUCGCAUCGUGGUAAUUGUUUUCUUUUUUUCUCAAAAAAGGCGUACUUAUACAAAUUAGAUCGUAGGGAGUGUAGAAGAUUUACGGCACAGUAUUAGAUACACGGUGUGCGCGAAAAGCAAGUCUGGCUAUCUCUCGACUGGUCGAUAAAUAGAAAUACCACUAAAAUUUGGCUUUUUUUCUAGGUUGAAACUUAAAAGAUCCUCCAAGACAGCGAUGUAUAUUUUGCCAGUGCAGAUUCUGGUUUUGUUCCUUGCGACAUUUGGAAAACAUUGUUCAGGUGAGAAUAAAAAAAUGCCUAGUUUAAAAGUAUUUGGAUUUCCUGCCUAGCUGUAGGCAAUAGAACUUUAAGUGAUUAUGGAACAGACUGUGGCCUUAGUUAAUUUCCAAUCGAGAAUUGUGCAAUAGUCUUUAAACAAAUUAUAUAACUUAAUCAUAUGUAACAGCGGGUUUACCGUAGGUUACAAUGGUCGGAAAUGAAAGACGAUUUAAAAACAAACUUAGAAGAACCUAGAACGCAAGAAAUACAUUUUUGUUGACUUUUUCUUUAUGACAUGCGCCAUAGUGUACUAAGCAUUGCAUUAGAAAAGUAGCGAACAGACAAUGGAAUUAUUUUGUCAUCACAAUCAUUCAGUUGACAAUGCAAAAUAGUUAUAUGGCGUGGCAAAGCAAAACUUUCAACGAAAGUCAACUUGCCAAUUGAUACAACACCCACAUGAAGUCUAGCUCAGCUUAGUAUUAACUUUUAUCGUCCUUUAUGGAAAGCGGAACCGCAAAAAAAAAAAUGUUGAGUUAUCGAUUAUAAAUUUCGUUUGAUGCAAAAAGAUGAAAUUAAUGAAUAGUUGAAAAGAAAACACUCAACUCAGCAAGGAUGGGAGACUGCCGCUUUUUGGUCACGUUUAAGGCGGUUAAGCCCUAGUUCGCACGGAAAGAGGAAAAAGGCGUUUUCGAACCUUUAUUCGACUUUUUGCUAUCUCCUAAUAAUCCUUGUGUUGUUUAUGUAUCAUUUGUUCCGAUUGCAUGCCCUGAAGGUAGGUGGAAAACAAGUCUAUGACAUUGACGACAUCCCUCUCUCAUUACGUCUACAGCUUAGCAUAUUUUGACGACACCCUUUGACAAAACAAAAACAACUUCAAGUAGAACAGCACGAUUGCGCGCUGAGUGGCCAUUUCUCAUUACGACGAAACGGAAUUUCUGUGGCUCUGUUAAUCGGCUUACCAAGUAAACUGAUAUAUCACCAGGUUUUCCGUGGUACUAGUUUAUUGAGAAUGCGAAAAGGCAUUUGGCAGACUAGAAGCCCUGGGCUGUGAUGCCAAUUCCCUUGACAUAAAGUUGUAACUGUACUCCCUCGCAGACAUUAAAGGUGAUGCUAAUAAAGCUUGCCUUACGGCCUUUUCCUUUACAAUAAAAGUCUUAAGUUUUUCCUAAUUACUUGUCAGGUAAGAAACGAUUUCUGACUGUCCAGAAAACAAAACACUUCCGUCAUUAGUAGUAUCUACCAGUAACACGUACUUCUUUCCCAAGCCCAAUUUCAAUUUCCUGUCUUUUGCUACAUGAGAUUGUGGAAAAUAUAUAUUGACCAGAGAAAAAAGGCAAAAGGUUUCCGGAAUUUGUUUUGUCAUUAUUCCUACAUUUCCAUCUGCUUCUUGUCUCAUCAGAACAAGGACCUACAAAGUUUCAAAGUGAGAUUGCGUGAAGGGUAUACAUUUCAUUGCCACACUCUCUUGACAGGAGCGUUCACUGCCAAUUGUUGCAAAAAGGCCAGCCUGUCAUUAACACUUAAUUUUUCAAUUUUCCCUCCUUCCUGUCUUUGAAGCUUUAUAGCAAAUUUUUAAUUUGCUAACAUCUUAAAAAUGUAUUCAAUUCUGCUUGCGAGCUAAAACACCAGUCUUUGAAAAAGUGUGAGAUAGGCUUGCUUUAUUGAAAGAAAAAAAAAAGACAGAGAAAACAAACUUUGAGAGUUUUUAGGGCAAAAAGGUGAUGAAACCGAAAGAGAAUAGGUUAAAGGAUAAUUUAAUCUCAAUAAACGGAAUUACAGAGACGAAAUCCAGAAAACUACAUUUCUGCACGAAACCUUAGAUAUAUUAUUAAUUGAUGUUUCCCUUCCACGAUAGUUCGAAAGUCUCUCAGGAAAAGAGCUUCUUUACAUAUCUUUCUUGUUACAGUGUAAAUCAAGCCAAUUAAGUGCCACACCUUACGUGAUUCUUGUACACAAGGGGCGUUCGGCGUCUAUCGAGAUUAUAACUCCGUCUAUACCUUUCCCCUGAGGUAGUUUGACUAGUGGUUAUUUGCCGAGAAACGCGGAAAGAAUCGUGUUCCGUUUUAACUCUUAAUUUGCUUAUUUAUUACUAAUCUGGACUGUUAAUUUUUUUCAUUGUAGUUAUCGCCAGGAGUUUAUCACAAGAUGCAAGUUCAAAAGGUGAUGCUUAAAGCCUCUAAAGUAUUGUUUUUGUAGUAACAAGAACUUGCUAAAUGCGAGUCAUGAUUUAAAAUUCUUUUUUGUUUUAAUCAUUAUAGAUGUGACCAGCUGCGUAAUCAAAGGAGAUCGGAACCCGCACCCCAUAAAUUCUUCUUUCAUUACAAGCGACUGUACAUUGCAGUGCUAUUGCAGCGUCAGUGGUGUGGUUAGUUGCAUGGAACUCUGUCCACAAGCGUCACCUGUUCAGUGCCCCCCCGGAUCAGAGCUUUAUGAGGAUGAGGUUCCAGUUGGUUCAGGAGGAGUCCAUUGCUCUUGCAAACGGCAAUAUUGCGUCCCACUAAACGGUACUUUUUGGCAACAUACUUACCUUGAUUAUAAUAAAGAAGGAAAACGCAGCGAAAACAACUGAGCACUUGCGCCUUUCAUCCAGAAGUAACAGUUUAUUAGAGAACUGGCCGCUUUUGUUCAAAAGGUGCGCUAUUCACCGGAUAAAUCUCUAUCCACAGUACAGCGCAAUAUUUAUGCACUGGAUAUUAUCCAGUGGAUCAUGAUAGCGCUAUCCAGCUUUUGAACAACUCAGUCCUAAGCAUUUAGAUUUUCUCACGUUUGGCUAAUUAGCAAUUGCCCCGGGAAGAGUUUUAAACCGGCUUAUCAUAAGUUGCGCAAAACAAUCCUCUACAGACAUCAUUCAUACAAAGAUAGAUUUCGCUUGUCUAAAUUCUCUUUUCCUUUUCAACCUCUGAGGAAAUUAAGGCUAGUUUCCGUACACCUCAAGGCGAGAGUUGUUUUCGUAUUGCUCUUUAUUUUACGGUUUUCGAUCUGAACAUCCGCAUUCACUUGCCAGGGAACUGUCGAGUGUACUAAAUCAAAAGUUCAACUAGCGAAGGCACGCGGUUACAGUAAUCCUUUUUGGCUGGUUUAAGCGUUUGGCUUGUUUGCCAAAAACUAUUCUUCGAAUCACUUUGGUUGAAGUUGACAUGACCUUAAAGAUUAAUGCAGCUGUUUUGCGUGCUGUUUCUCGGUACUUUCUUUGUACAAAUUUUGUAACCUUAUUAAGCGCAAUAUAAUACAUUCUAGGAAAGCCUGGUGUAAUAACUCCGAAAAGUAAAUACACAAUACACAGACACCGCGGUUAUUAACCAAUUGUGAUUUAAGUAUGUAUGGCGCUAGCACGGUUAGAAAAUAUUCUAUUUAUUCACUGCCAGAGGAAGUUAUACCACAUGUCUUGAAACACCGUUGGCAAACAGAAAUUCCCUCAAUAAAUAUGUUUCGAUGAAGUUUAAUGAUGCACACUUAUUCAUUGUGCCGUGUUCUGUUAGCUUUUGAAUCUCGGACACUAUUACAUCAUUAGAUGUGUAAGUAGUAAAACCCUUUAAGCUCGUGUUUAAGAAGCAAGCAUAUGAUAUCGGAUAUGUACUGUAACAAGUCGGCCUUUUUGAGCAUACUCUCCUCUCCUCUAAUCCUCUUGACUUAAAAAGCCGCAAAGAGAGUUACUUGUAAUUCUACCUGUAAGUGGGAAAUCAUUUUCUUUCGAGUGCCGCGCUGACUGAUGUCAUUCACAUCACGUUUUGAGCAAAUAAAGGAGCAUUUGCUUCUUAUUUGGUGUAAAGACCAAGGUUCGAGGUCGCUAGUUAUCAAAAGAGCGCAAAAACUUCACCUAAGAACCAAUUUGGUCCUCUUUUCUCGCUUUAGCGCUUUUUAAUUAACCAAUUAACCAAGUGUAGUGUAAAAUGUGUGCGGUAUUAUUCGCGAAGGCCGGAUGUUUGGCAUGUAUCAUGCAAUUGAGUUUUGCCUUUUUUUGUCUCUGUAUAAAGUCAUACUACUGGAAGAAAAUUUUCCGUUUUUGUUCCACGUGAAAACUUUUUUGCAUUUUCAAUCAUUUGCUGUUUUGAUCCAGUGGGCUUUCCGAUGGGAUUAUCGAAAGCAAUUCGAAAUUUCAACUCGAUAAACGAACGCUAAAAACUGACCUUAAUUUAAGUGGGCGAUUUACGGAAGGAUCUCAUUUGUGCUUGGCUGUGGAUUACCGAUUGUACUAAAAAGCUGUUUCUGAGUCGAUAAGCCCACCCAGCUCGGGUUCAGCUUUAUCUUGUGUCGCACGAAAGUCUCCCGAGCUGUUUACACACUUCUUUGUUUCUAUACCUUCCUACCUUGGCAGCACCACGUAAUUUUCAAUAAGUCUCUUUUCGUAUCCAGGCGAAGAAAAAACAUUAAGCAAUUUAAUAGUAUUUUUGUUGUAUGACGUCCUGACCAAUACACAUACAUCAUCGAGGGUAAAGAAAUCAGGAAGAUUCACGCUAAUUAGUUAUCAGACAUAAAUGAAAAAUUAAAUUUACUUUUAGACGUAAGGAGAUUUUCCGCUGCAAAUGUUUUGAACGUAGGAGCCCUGGCAUGUAGGAGAGUAAUAACAUUUAUCAUAACACACAAACACACACAUCAGCCAAACCUUUAGGGCCAGCCUAAUCCUUAGGCGUUCUCGGCUCGGUCAAUCCUGGACUCUACCGUGAGCUGUGACGUCGCCCAGAGAGACCAGGGAGUAACAUGGCAUGCGAUGCGACGGCAUUGAGAACGGCAAAAAAGCAAUAGGUUUGGAUAGUCAAAACAACAACUUUGCACAUGGAUUACGCUUUUUUGCACAUUUCUUAGCCGUCGUUGCACGACUACAACGUAAAAGUGCCUAAUUUUACGUUUUGUCUAGGACGGGAACAUAAGACAAUAACUUUCUUAUUCUUUUCCUGAACUUUGACACAGUCCUUUACAAUUCAACUCCAAAAAAUUUGUCACCACCUGACGAAUUAAACAAGAUGGAAUAACCGCGAUAAAGUUUGAGGCAGGACGAAUUCACUUAGACAACGAAACAAGAGAGAAUGGCUAGGGACUCAAGUCAAGUCAAUUUUUAUUUUAACUCACAGAAUAUUAAUUAAUACAAAUCAGUGCUUUUAAAUAUAAAAAUAAAAGAGUGCAAAGGAAAACCAUUGAAAGAUUCAAUUUUAGGUCAAUUGUGCAGAGUUUGGGAAACCUAAAUAGUUCAUAGAACUAACUGAGUAGGUCACCCAAAACAAGAAUGAGAUCGAGUAGAAGGAAUAAAGUGACAAAAUAGUUCUUUUAUAUAAAAAGUAUCACUUCAUUAAUUAAAUCGUAGUUAAAGAUAUAUAAUCAUAGAACUUUAGGAAUUCAUUACAGUAUUAUAACUGGUUUUCUUUUGGUUUUUUCGUUUGUCAGGCAUCUUGUUAAUCAAAAUGAAUUAACACUAUUUAAAACUUGGUAAAUUAGACGAAAACAGGCUGCUUUUAUAGGGCAAAAUGUCUUAUUUAUCAAGCACAGAAAAUAAAUAUUUCCCUUGCGGUCCUAAAGGGACUGAAUAAACAGAAAAACAAAAGGAGUGACACCUUGGGCGCGAUCCAUUCAACCAAAAUUCCAACCGGUCCGACCGGGAAAAGAGGACCACCUCAAAAGGUGGACCCGUUUUUCCGAAACUUUUCCGGUUGGACCGAACCGAUCCAUUGAGUUUUGGACCGAAAUUUCCGAAAAGUUUGGUUGAAUGGAUCGCGCCCCUUGUUUUAGGAACUUUAUGUCUUUAACUAACCAUAAUCACCCGAAGCGCGGGGAAAACAGAACAGGCGCGUGAAAAGGUCACGAUUAAAUAGCUUCACCACCCCUUUACUGAGAAAUGGCACGGCACUUUUUUGUUUAGGCUGUAAACAGUUCCAGUUCUUCAUGCACUGAAAAUAACUUGAUAGUGACCAACGUUUGAUCGUGAUGCCCUCAUUUUAGAUUAUGCAGCAACCGAAAUCUAGUUGGAGUCUAGUUGGGGACGUGAUUUUCCAAUAAGGUUCGGAAGUGGUAGCUUAUCCCAUAAACCAAUGUGGGGACUCCAUGCAGGCCCAGCUAGUGCACAGAUCGAUAUUGACAAUCCCUUGUUUUUCGGCGCCAAAAAGAGAAACUACUCGCUCAUUUUUAUAUCGCAAACUAUCAGGCAUAAAAGUGGAAAUUCAGAAAUCACGUUUUAUUUACAGAUCUCUUUAAUUAAGAGGAUUGAAAAACCUACUAGUUAGCUAUAAUGUCUUCUCUUAUUUUUCUCUAGUUUUCUGCUACAGUCCUGAUACCAACAGAAAAUACAAAGUUGGCGAGACCUUCACUUUAGGAAAUUGCUCAAAGAGUUGCAGGUGCAAUGAGAACGGGGAAAUAUUGUGUACACCCAUGUGUCCAAAGAUAAAGAAAUGUGGCAGGGGAAAGCGACCCAAAGGGAGAGUCAUUAUUGCUUUGGGAGAAACACGAGGGUGUUCUUGUGAAAUACCGGAAUGUGUGCCUGGUGAGUAAGUUGUCAUGACUGCAACCACAUAGGAGACUGUAUAAACCCUAUAAUUGGGACAUACUGAUUGUUUUAAGAAAAAUAGGGUGAACCGAGUCUGCAAAUACAUCGGCCGCCUUUUAUCGCUUCCCGCCACUCAGCAAAGAGGAGCCUUCUAGAGGCGCUGUAUUAGUAGACUGGGAUGUUCUUAGACAAUUAAGCUCAUCGGGAAAACUUUGAAAUUCUCCAAACGUUCUGAAAUAGUCUUAAUCUUACCAGCAUUAUGCAGGACUUGCAAUGGAAAAUCGAGUUCUCGCUUUGGGCCACGAAGUUGCUUGUAGUAUUUGUAGUAAUGGAACUUGUCUAGUUAGAAUUAGCGAUUUGUUCCCUCCCAAUGACGAAUUGACUCACAGCAUCCAACAGGAUGCUGUGUUCUUAGUGAUAUUUUAGGACGGUUGGCUUUCCUGGUAAAUGCGGCGUCAGAAAUCAGAAUUACUUCGGCCCUGGGAUAUUUGAUUUUCUUACUGGAGUACAAAGGUUUACUUCAUCAUGAAUUUGAAUCAAUCAUUUUUUCCAGUGGGUUUAACAAAUCCGGAUUUGUCUGUAUUGUGAUUUUAAACUUCUUCUAACAUUAUCAUUUCAUUUUAGUUCCCAAGGAAAAGUUUUGUCGAGUAGACGGUAGGCAAUACAGGCGUGGUCGCGUGUUCAUCACCAAAGAUUGCAGGCUCAAAUGCCGUUGUAGGAAGAAUGGGAAAACUCGGUGCAGGCCUUUAUGUAAAACAACACCAAAAAACCCAGUGUGCAAACCCGAUGAAAGACUAGAAGAUAUUCUCGAAUUUUUCGCUGGGGGAAGGUGCAUGUGUAAAGAAAAGGCGUGUUUACCAGAAAUUAGUAAGUUAAGCUGA